ACUAUUUGCUAGGAUUGGUUUUGACCCUUCCUCAAGUUGUUGCUUGUGUCAGAGAUACUGUUGUCAGGAUUCUGUCGUGCAAAGAGAAAGAUAAAAAUAUCUUUCUGACUCGUGCAUUUUCUCCCUUUCCCAUCCUCUUGCCAGGAACGCUGGAAAUGGAUCCCAGGCUGAUUGGAGGCAUUAGGUCGUCAGUUUGAAUCCCAGUGGUCGAGAAAGAAAUGUGGGUAAUAACUAGCUGAUGGUGGAGAAGAAAGGAACUCAAGGAGGUAUGAGAACCGUUCAUUUUACCCUGGACAUUUCCUCAAGGCUAGUUUUUCUGGAAAGCCUCCGUCUUCCUGGUUGUUGCAGGACCUGGCUGAGGAGCUGUUCCAUUUCCUCUCUGAUUCUUUCUCUUGCCUCCUGAGGACUGGCAAAGGGAAGGUCCUGGAACUUUAAAGAGCUGCAGUGUCUAUGGGAGAACCUGUAAGGAGAGAAGUCUUCUCAGUAUCACCACUUCCUCUCUACCAAGGCUCGGGCUGCUUUCCUUCGAGCAUCACACAUCAAAAGUGAAAGAAAAAACAUCUUGAGUGGCUGCUGAAAUUGGGAUUACUACCUGAUUAAGACCACAAUCAUCUAAUGUCAUUCAGUAUGAUCCAUCUGACUUUUGUACCAGCUAAACAGAAAGGCAGAAAACUCUCCAGAUGUCUUCCCGGUAAUGACGAAGUUUUUAUCCCCAAUGUCACGAAGAAACACAGUGACCUUCCCAGGACAACCUCCAAUGACCUGAAGACAUUUACCGAAGUAGCUGUGUUAAGUUUUCAUAACAUCAACUAUCGAGUAAAAGUGACGAGUGGCUUUCUUCUUGGUCGAAAAACAGUUGAGAAAGAAAUAUUAACAAAUAUCAAUGGCAUCAUGAGACCUGGCCUCAAUGCCAUUCUGGGACCCACAGGUGGAGGCAAAUCUUCGUUGUUAGAUGUCUUAGCUGCAAGGAAAGAUCCACAUGGAUUAUCUGGGGAUGUUUUGAUAAAUGGAGCACCUCGACCUGCCAAUUUCAAAUGUAAUUCAGGUUAUGUGGUACAAGAUGAUGUCGUGAUGGGCACUCUGACGGUGAGAGAAAAUUUACAGUUCUCAGCAGCUCUCCGGCUUCCAACAACUAUGACGACUAAUGAAAAAAAUAUGCGGAUUAACAGGGUCAUUCAGGAGUUAGGUCUGGAUAAAGUGGCGGAUUCCAAGGUUGGAACUCAGUUUAUCCGUGGUGUGUCUGGAGGAGAAAGAAAAAGGACUAGUAUAGGAAUGGAGCUUAUUACUGAUCCAGCCAUCCUGUUCCUAGAUGAGCCCACAACUGGCUUAGACUCAAGCACAGCAAAUGCUGUCCUUUUGCUCCUGAAGAGGAUGUCUGAACAGGGACGAACAAUCAUUUUCUCCAUUCAUCAGCCUCGUUACUCUAUCUUCAAGUUGUUUGAUAGCCUCACCUUGUUGGCCUCAGGAAGACUAAUGUUCCAUGGGCCUGCCCAGGAGGCCUUGGGUUACUUUGCAUUAAUGGGUUACCAGUGUGAGCCCUAUAAUAACCCUGCAGACUUCUUCCUGGAUGUCAUUAAUGGAGACUCCUCUGUUGUGGUAUUAAACAGACAGGACCAGGAGGGUGAAGCCAAGGAGACUGAAGAACCUUCCAAGAGAGAUAUUCCACUCAUUGAAAAAAUAGCUGAGUUUUAUGCCAACUCUGCCUUCUCCAAAACAAAAGAUGAGUUAAAUCAACUCUCAGAGGGUCAGAAAAAGAAGAGCUCAGCCUUUGGGGAGAUCACCUAUGCCACCUCCUUCUGUCAUCAACUCAGAUGGAUUUCCAAGCGUUCAUUCAAAAACUUACUGGGUAACCCUCAGGCCUCUAUAGCUCAGAUAAUUGUAACAAUCAUCUUGGGAUUGGUUAUAGGUGCCAUUUUCUAUGAUUUAAAAAAUGAUUCUACAGGAAUCCAGAAUAGAUCAGGGGUGCUCUUCUUCCUCACGACCAACCAGUGUUUCAGCAGUAUCUCAGCUGUGGAGCUUUUUGUGGUUGAGAAGAAGCUCUUUAUACAUGAAUAUAUCAGUGGAUACUACAGAGUGUCAUCUUAUUUCUUUGGAAAACUGAUGUCUGAUUUACUACCCAUGAGGUUAUUACCAAGUGUUAUAUUUACUUGUAUAAUAUACUUCUUGUUAGGAUUGAAACCAGUUGUGGAGGCUUUCUUCAUCAUGAUGUUUACCCUUAUGAUGGUGGCUUAUUCAGCCAGUUCUAUGGCACUGGCCAUAGCAGCAGGCCAGAGUGUGGUAUCCAUAGCAACACUUCUCAUGACCAUCUCCUUUGUGUUUAUGAUGAUAUUUUCAGGGCUGUUGGUAAAUCUCACAACCAUCCAGCCUUGGCUAUCAUGGCUUCAGUACUUCAGCAUUCCUCGAUAUGGCUUUGCGGCUUUGCAGCAUAAUGAAUUUUUGGGACAAAACUUCUGCCCAGGACUCAACAUAACAACAAAUAAUACCUGUAGUUAUGCGACAUGUACUGGCGAAGAAUUUUUGGUAAACCAGGGCAUCGAUAUCUCCCCUUGGGGCCUGUGGAAGAAUCACGUAGCCUUGGCAUGCAUGAUUGUUAUCUUCCUUAUAAUUGCCUACCUAAAAUUGUUAUUUCUUAAAAAAUUUUCUUAAAUCCUUCUUGAAUUUACAUGAUUUAUGUGCACAUUAAAUAGGGAGUGUCUUGAUUUAUUUUAAGCAUUCAA